AAAAACACCCUCAUUUCUCUUGAAGACAUGACAAUCCAUGGAGAUUGUUCAUCUCUCCUGAGCCAACAUUUCGUUCUUGCCUCGAAACUUCAAACCAACCCAUUCAUAUUCUUCUUUGAAACUUCAAACUAGCAUUUUGUUCUCCUGUUUAUUACAUGCUUUCAACUUUUCUACCCUUGAAAUCAAACCAGCAUUCAAACUUUAGAAAAGUCCUUUCACUUCUCAUUCCUUUUUUUAUUCAGACCCGUCAACUUCUUCUUCAUUUUUUCUCACAUACAAAUGACAAAAACCUUAGUGUCGAUGCCCAUCCUUGUCAAAGCCGAAUAAAGAUGAUCCGUAAAAGUUAGGCGGGUAACUGGAAAAGAAGAGGUGCCUGCCUGAUUAUUCUUGGUAGCUAUCUGGAUGUCAGUCCUGAUUGUGAGCUUAGUUCCAGGUCCUCGCCCAUGGCUCCCAGCAUCAACCGUACUCUCCCUCUCCUCCUCCUUUUUCUUCUUUUCACUCUCCAUCUCUCCUCUGUCUCCGCUUGGAAGAAGGAAGAGUUCAGAACCUGCAACCAAACCCCCUUCUGCAAACGAGCCCGCUCCCGCAAACCCCACUCCUCUUCCCUCUUCGCCACCGACGUCGCCAUCCUCGACGGCGCCCUCACUGCAAAUCUCCGCCAACCACCUCCCGAAUCCCCCGAUCAGGAUCAGAUCAAGCCCCUCCUUUUCACUCUUUCGGUUUAUCAAAAUGGCGUCGUUCGAGUCAAGAUUGACGAGGACCCCUCCCUCGGUCCGCCUAAAAAGCGCUUUGAAGUGCCCGAUGUGAUCCUCCCGGAGUUUGAGUCUACGAAGCUUUGGCUCCAGCAGUUUCAGACAGAGACGGUCGACGGCGAUUCGGGGCCUUCCUCGGUCGUUUACGUGGCUGAUGGGUACGAGGCGGUGCUUCGGCACAAUCCGUUGGAGGUCUACGUGAGGGAGAAACAGGGUAAACGUAGGGUUUUGUCGUUGAAUUCUCAUGGGUUGUUUGAUUUCGAGCAAUUGAGAGUGAAACAAGAAGGGGACGAUUGGGAGGAGAGGUUUAAGGGCCACACUGAUGUGAGGCCCUACGGCCCCCAAUCCAUUAGCUUCGAUGUUUCCUUUUUUGAUGCUGAUUUCGUGUAUGGCAUUCCCGAGCAUGCGUCAAGCUUUGCUUUGAGGCCUACUAGAGGGCCUGGGGUUGAUGAUUCUGAACCUUAUCGGUUGUUUAAUUUAGACGUGUUUGAGUAUAUUCAUGAUUCGCCAUUUGGGCUCUACGGAUCAAUCCCAUUUAUGCUUGGGCAUGGAAAGGCCAGGGGGACUUCAGGAUUUUUCUGGUUGAAUGCAGCAGAAAUGCAGAUUGAUGUGCUUGGCUCGGGUUGGGAUGCUGAGUCUGGGAUUUUGUUACCUGAGUCAGGUAGUAGGAUUGAUACAUUGUGGAUGAGUGAAGCUGGUAUUAUUGAUACAUUCUUUUUUAUUGGUCCUGGUCCAAAGGAUGUUGUGAGACAGUAUACGAGUGUGACAGGAAUGCCAGCCAUGCCACAGCUUUUUUCAACAGCUCAUCACCAAUGUAGGUGGAAUUAUAGGGAUGACGAGGAUGUUGAGAAUGUCGAUUCCAAGUUCGAUGAGCAUGAUAUUCCUUAUGAUGUUUUAUGGCUUGAUAUUGAGCAUACUGAUGGGAAGAGGUACUUUACAUGGGAUAGGGUGCUUUUCCCAAACCCGGAGCAGAUGCAAAACAAGUUGGCGGCAAAGGGUAGGCAUAUGGUUACUAUUGUGGAUCCACACAUUAAGCGAGAUGAAUCCUUUCACCUACACAAGGAGGCCACUAGUAAGGGAUAUUAUGUUAAGGAUGCAACUGGAAAGGAUUAUGAUGGGUGGUGUUGGCCUGGAUCAUCGUCCUACCCGGAUAUGUUGAACCCAGAGAUCAGGUCAUGGUGGUCUGAGAAGUUCUCUCUCAAGAACUAUGUUGGAUCAACUCCUUGGUUGUACAUUUGGAAUGACAUGAAUGAACCUUCUGUCUUUAAUGGGCCUGAGGUGACAAUGCCUCGAGAUGCUUUACAUCAUGGAGGUGUAGAGCACAGAGAACUGCAUAAUGCCUAUGGCUACUACUUUCAUAUGGCUACAUCUGAUGGGCUUGUAAAGCGUGGAGAUGGAAAGGAUCGACCUUUUGUUUUGUCAAGAGCAUUCUUUCCGGGAAGUCAAAGGCAUGGAGCUGUUUGGACAGGAGAUAAUACAGCAGACUGGGAUCAACUCAGGGUUUCAGUUCCUAUGAUUUUGACCCUUGGCCUUACUGGAAUGACAUUCUCUGGCGCAGAUGUUGGUGGGUAUUUUGGCAAUCCUGAGACGGAGCUAUUGGUACGCUGGUAUCAACUAGGUGCCUACUAUCCUUUCUUUAGGGCCCAUGCUCAUCAGGACACAAAGAGACGAGAGCCUUGGUUAUUUGGGGAGCGAAAUAUGGAACUUAUGAGGGAUGCCGUUCACACUCGAUAUGCACUGCUCCCAUAUUUUUACACAUUAUUCAGAGAGGCCAACACAAGUGGUGUUCCAGUUAUGCGUCCACUUUGGAUGGAGUUCCCUUCUGACAAAGCUACUUUCAGCAAUGACGAAGCUUUCAUGGUUGGGAACAGUCUUUUGGUGCAAGGGAUCUAUACUGAGCGAGCGAAGUAUGCAUCAGUGUAUUUGCCAGGGGGACAGUCUUGGUAUGACCUGAGAACUGGAAUUAUCUACAAAGGAGGUACGACACACAAGUUAGAGGUAUCAGAAGAGACUAUUCCUGCUUUUCAUAGGGCUGGAACCAUCAUACCAAGGAAAGACCGGUAUCGACGAAGCUCUACCCAGAUGGCAAAUGAUCCUUACACUCUGGUAAUAGCUCUAAACAGUUCUCAUGCGGCUGAAGGAGAACUCUAUAUUGACGAUGGUAAAAGCUUUGAAUUUAAGCAGGGGGCCUACAUCCAUCGCCACUUUGUGUUCUCAGAUGGUAAGCUUACAUCUUCAAGCUUGGUGCCCAAUGCCAGUAAAACCCUAUUUUCAUCAGCAUGCGUCAUUGAGAGGAUUAUAGUCCUGGGCCACUCUUCUGGACCAAAAAAUGCCCUCAUCGAACCCUCAAAUCGAAAGGCUGAAAUUGAACUUGGGCCACUUUGGCUUCAAAGAGGGAAGAGUGCACCUGUUCUAACCAUCCGCAAACCUAAUGUUCCAGUUGCAGAUGAUUGGACUAUAAAAAUUUUGUAAUAGGUUUAGUUUGUUGAACAUCUUCCUGGAAACCGAUCCCUCCACUGUUAGGAUGUUGUUACAAACUUGAAAAAUUAGAUUUGUUUCCUAAUCUGGGUGGGACAUGUAUUGAUCAAGAACACACCCAUUUUCUUUGAAAUGGGGUUAUUUAUAAAAUUGGAACACACCACUUGACAACA